AGGGGUGAUUAUGGGUUUGCAGUCUUAGGUGUUUGCGGAGGGAUUUCCUUUUUCCUUUCCCGGAGAGGUGUACCUAAUUCCCACCUGCUUCCUAAGACAAAACGCACUUCCCUUCCUGGUCUAAGAGCUCACUGAGCACUGACCAAUAGGUUCGGCCCGAUUUCUCUGAGGGGCGGGACCUCGUGCCUGGGCUUUGGAGACCCGCCCCCCGUACGUGGCCUGCGUGCGUGACGACGUGCGGCGCGAGGCGGUUUCUCCAGAGUGUGGCGCCCCCCGGCGGCAGCGAGAACUCAAUGUGACAACCGGACCUGAGCGCCUGCCAUGGAGCCGCAGAAACAGGCGCGAACACCCGGGGACCCCGUCGCGUGGCCGCGUGGGCCCUCGAGGUCUCAGACGCCGGACGACGAGGAGGGGCCGGAGGGCAACACAGCGCCCGCGGCGGCUUUUCUGGGCGCGGAGGCGGACGACGCCUGUGCGGACGCGCUGUGGGAGCUGCCGGUGGAGCCCGCCGAGCGGAGGCCCGAGUGCAGCCGCUGCAGCCGGCCUCAGAAAGUAUGUUUGUGUCCAUUUCUACCAUUGCAUCCUCUGCAUAUCUCUACUCAUUUGUACAUAAUUCAACAUCCAGCAGAGGAAAACAAAGUGUUGCGGACAGUUCCCCUUUUAGCAGCAUGCCUCCCCCAGGACAAGUGUAAAGUCAAGAUUGGUCGUCGCUUCAGUGAAGAAAGAGAUCCUGAACUUUCAACUGUUUGUCGGAAGUCUGAUACAUUAAUAUUAUAUCCAGGGGCUGAAGCUGCUAAUUUGGAAGAAUUUAUAUUAGAUUCUCCUGUUUAUCCUUCCACAAUCAUCAUCAUUGAUGGUACAUGGAGCCAGGCUAAGGACAUUUUCUAUAAGAAUUCUUUGUUCCGCCUGCCCAAACAGGUGCAGUUAAAAACUAGCGUUUCUAGUCAGUAUGUAAUUCGGACACAACCGACUAAUAGGUGCCUUUCUACCCUGGAAUGUGCAGCUGCUGCUCUUUCCAUUUUGGAGAAAAAUGAUUAUAUACAGGAGACUUUGCUUCGCCCUCUUCAAGCUUUGUGCUCUUUCCAGCUGCAGCAUGGUGCUCAAAUUCGCCUCAGCAAGGAACACCUUCUGAAAAAUGGAUUAUAUCCUAAGCCAAUGCCAAAGAACAAACGCAAGCUCAGGAAAAUGGAACUGUUAAUGAACAGUGUUAAAAUUUAGUACUGUUGUUCGUGGUGCUAGUUAUGGUGUCUUCCGCUGAUAAAACCAGGUGAAGUUUUCAGAAAAUUUAAGUCUGUGGGUUUUUGGUUGUCUAGAGUGAGAGUUGCAUGCUAAACUUGCCCAGCAGAAGGAAGUCAACCAAAUAGCCAUAAAAAAGCAAACACAAAAAAAUUUCGCUGACCCAGUAAAAACCAAGGUUUCAUACUGAGUUUGUUUAAAAACAAAAAAAUGUGCCUCUAAUACAUUUUUCCAGGUUCAUAGUUUGGAAUGUGUUUGAAAUUAGUUGUUGAGCGAGGUUAGAAGUUUUUUUUGUUUUUUUGUUUUUUGUUUUUUUUAUGUAAAAUGGAAAGAAAUUAUUGUACCUGAUUGGGACAGUAUUGUUUUCAUGAAUGUUAAUAGAUAAUUAGGUGUAUAUAAUAGAGGAUACUUAUGUCAAUAUGCAAUAUUGUACAUAAACUUUAUAGUUUGAAGUAAUAAUGAUCACCAAGUAGUUUAGAUUGAAUUUAUUUUUUUCAUAGAAUAAUAUAGCAGAAUAAGGGAACUAAAUAAAUUACUUAGGUACUAAACUUGAACUCAGCUAUUAUGAUUUAAGUGUUACUAUUAAUUGCCCCAGUUUUGUUGUAUUAGGGUAUACUUGGAAUGUAAGAUUAUAUUAGUUUCAGGUAUUCACCAUAAUGAUUUGAUAUUUAUAUACAUUGCAAAAAUAAUCACUGUAUGAUAAGUCUACCUAACAUCCCUCAUACGUACUUAAAACAUUUUUUUCUUCUGAUAAGAACUUUUAAGAUAAACUUUCUUAGCAACUUU